UAUUUGAAGUGGACCUUGACCGCAGGGAUUGAUGACAUUAAGUUCACGUUUGAUCACCAAAGCUUUUCCUGUAUCUCUCCUCAGAGGCUACAAAGUCGACAUAUUUUCAGGAUUAUUGUCCAAAGAAGCUUCUCCCGCGUAAUUUGAAGAGGUAAAUUGUACUCAUUCAGGUGUAGAUAUGACUUCACACCUUCCUGGAGCAGAAACCCUCAAUGGAGAGAAAGACUUGGGGACUUCUCUUCCAAAGCAGAUGCAAUGUUAUAGACGUGAUGAGGGCAAUGAGCCAUGCACAUUGACAGAAGAACCUUUGGGGAAAAAAGAGGACUGUACUGGUCUUAAGGGCACUAAAAAGAUCUUCAAUAAGGGUGAAGGGAAAACCCCAGCCAAUGAAGACAGCAACAACAUGCUAACUCCUACCAACGAAAGCGAAGAGGAGCCAGAAAAGUCUCGUCCUAAAGACUUGAAAAUUGGUCCACAAAAAGAAAAGGAUGAGGGAUGUGAAUUGACAGACGAAACUCGGGAGGAUGAUAUGGACCGUACUCAACUCGACAGCUCACCUGAACCACGCAGUGAGGCCGAAGAGAAAAGCCGUGCCCAUAAAGACAAAGACAUUCCUUCUCCUGGUUUUAAUAAUGAAGAGGAGUGUGAGGACGAUGAAGGGGAUUGCAAUCAACAGGGCGGAUCUAUUGUAUUUAAUGAGGGCGUUAACAACGAAUCAUGGCAUAUCCGUGUCUUCAGCGGGUUAUGGAAAGCUUUGGUUACCAUUUUGUCUCUGUUAACAAAAGGGGCAGAGAAAAACAACAACGCCCAGAUUAAACGCCCUCCUUAUGAUACGAUAGUCUCCAAUUCAAGCGAUGGCCCGGUCGCCAACGCUUCUGAUGUUUCUCCUGAAGGUAUGUAUGUGUAUAUCCAGAAGCUCGAAAGAAGGGUAGCUGACCUGGAGAGAAUGCAAUUUCAUUCAAAAGAAACGUGUAACUGUGCAGAGAAAAUGAUCCAAGAAAUAGUCCAACGCGACUCACAACUGAAUGAAAUAAAUACCCUCACAGAGAAGAUGGAAAAGAAGAUCGCCCAGUGUGAUUUGCAUUUGAUGGAAUGCGAUAAUCAUGAAAAGAAUAUGGAGAGGGUGAUAGCUCAAAUCGAUUCACAACUGAAAGCAUCGAAAAAUCGCGAAGAGCAAAUUGAUAAGAAGAUGGCCCAGCACGGCAUGCUCAUGAAGGAAAUGAAAAACCAUGGAGAGAUUACAGAGAGGAAAAUGGCCCAACAUGAUACACAAUUGAUAGAAAUGGAAAAUAGUACAAGGGAGAAGGAGACUAAAAUGACCCAAAUUUCCUCGAAAUUGCGAGAGGUAGAAGUUUGUGGGGAGAUGACGAAGAAGAAAAUGGCCCUACAAGAUUUUCAGUCCCAAGAAAUGAGUAAACGGGUAGAGAAGAUUGAGAGAAAAGUUGCCCAGCACGACUCGCAAUUGCAAGAGAUGGAUAAUUGUGGAGAGAUGAUGAAGAAGAAAAUGGCCCGGCCAGAUUUGCAUUUCAAAGAAAUGGGUAAACGGGUAGAGAAGAUUGAAAGAGAAGUUGCCCAGCUCGUCUCGCAAUUGCGAGAUGUGGAUAAUCGUGGAGAAACGAUGAAGAAAAAAAUGGCCCAACAAGAUAUGCCGUCCAAAGAAAUGGGUAUUCAGGUAGAGAAUAUUGAGCGGAAAAUUGCCCUGCACGACUUGCAACUGCAAGAUAUGAAUAAUCUUGGAGAGAUGUUGAAGAAGAGAGUGGCUGAAGACGAAUUCCAGUUGGAAAAAAUUAUUCACCGUACAGAGAAGCUGAAGAAGGAAAUGGCCCACUACGAUUCGCAGUUGCAAGAGAUGGGUGACCAUUGUGAGUCGAUGCAGGAGAAAGUGGCCCAACACGAUUCACAUUUUGAAGAAGUGAGAAAUCGGGCUGAUAGGAUGAAGACAGUGUUGGCCCAACAUGAUGCACAAUUGAAAGAAAUCGAUCACCAUAAAGAGAGGAUGGAAAAGGGAAUUCGAGAAGUAGGCGAAGAAAUGAAGAACCAUUAUGUCCUUAUCUGCAUGCAAGACGAGAAGACCGUCCAUGUUCAGAGGCACUUCGACAGAGUGUUACAACAGCACAUGAACAACUGCCGCAAUGCUGAAACCCAGAUACGAGAUAGCUUAAAUGAUCUGAUUGUGCGAAUUGACACCUUAUUCGCAAUGUCUACUCCAAGUAUACCGGCUGGACUGUAAUGUUUUAGUCAUCUCCUGGUGCAGUUGCUUUUAUCAUCAUGUAGGCUGAUGAACAAAACUGAAUUGAUUACUUUUUUUAUCAUUUUUACUUUUUGCAUGGCACAAACAGUGUUAUCCCUUUUUCUAGCAUUAUAGGAAUUAUUUGUUUUAGCUAAAACCUCAUAGUAUACUUGUAAAGGAACAUAUGAUAUAAGUCAACACGUUCCAUGCAAAUUGGUUAACAAUGACGGUUCAACCGACAGUUUAAUGCUAAUAAAUAGUUAAUUGGCCAAGGGGUUUUCAGGAGAGUUCCGGUGAAAGCCAGCGGACUACAGAUGUGGCCAGAAAACGACUGAAAAUACCCUAAGCAAUAAACCAGGGCUUACUUACCAUAAUUACCGAAACACUUGAGAAAUAUAUUAUUGUAAUUCCCAAAGGAGUUGUCUUCUGGCGUUUUUUUUAUUCUAAAAGCUACAUAACAAUAUAGAUAUUAUUAGUAACAUUGUUAUGAGAUUCCAAUGAUUGCUGCUGAGCAGGAGACAAUUGCGCUAAUUAGUGUGUGAACAGGAGACAAUCGCGUUAAUCAGUAGGUUCAUGGCGUUCAUUAGGGAAUUUAAGCAAACCACGACAGCUACGGCAACGAGAACGUGGAAAAACAAUAGAUCUAAUUGGCAGAACA